AUGGGCAAUUGGAUGCCAGCAAACCAUGAGGCUCAUCGGGAAUGGCUUGGUGGAGUGAUCAAAGAAGCAGACAGCAAUGACAAAGAGCUUCAUCCUGUGAUUCAAGAGUUUAAGACUCUAAUUGAAACCAACACGCGUGUUUAUUUACUCCUCGAAGGCAUGUUCAAGGAGGUACCAAAUAAGAAGCCUUACAGACAAGAUCCGACUGGUCAUCCUGAGAUUCGAGGCUACAAUCACUUCUUACAAGUCCUUAAUCACUUGCUUACCACAGCCCCUUCUUGGACCGACAAGGCCCAUCGCGUGGGUUUGGUUGGCCUGCCUAUCAAUGCUGUUCUAGAUUGGCCAAUGGGUACACCUAGCGGCUACGCUGCAUUCCUGGAUCCAGAGAUCAACGCCAUGCUUAAGAAGAUAUUGAAUGCCUGGGGCGAUUUUCUGAGCUCCCCGGCGUCAGCCUACGUUCUCAAUAACACCGACCAUGGGUGGCUAGGCCAGGCAGGUUAUCGAGACCUGACCGCUGCUGCCAAAGUAGGUCCUACAGCAGCAGGAGCCCUGGAGUUCCAUGAAAUGUUCCAAUGUGACCCCUCAGCUCCAAACUACGGCUUCAAGUCCUGGAACGACUUCUUCACUCGCGAAUUCCGAGAUGGGAUGCGUCCGGUUGCCGAACCGGAUAACAACAAAGUCAUUGCAAAUGCAUGUGAAUCGCGGCCGUAUCGGGUUGCUCACAAUGUGAAGGGCCGGGACCAAUUUUGGAUAAAGAGCCAACCCUACUCUGUGCUUGAUAUGCUGGCACAUGAUCCGUACGCUGAACAGUUUAUUGGUGGCACAUGCUUUGAGCUACCAUCGCUGGCAUGCCCUGUCUCCGGAAAAGUUGUCAGGGCUUUCGUGAAGGAUGGGACGUAUUACUCGGAGCCAUUAUUUGAGGGAGUGGGUAACCCACAGCCCCAUUCACAGGAUAUCGAUAUAGCUGGGCAAGUGACGUCUCAGGGCUACAUUACUGCCACAGCUACCCGUGCCAUAAUUCUCAUAGAGGCAGAUGAGCCAGCGAUUGGUUUAAUUGGCAUAAUAGCAGUUGGGAUGGCAGAGGUGAGCUCGUGCGUUAUCACCGUUAAAGAGGGACAGCAUAUUGUGAAGGGAGAGGCGAUUGGCAUGUUCCGUUUCGGGGGUUCUACAUUUGUGCAAUUGCUGAUGCCAGGCGUUGAUGUUUCAGGAUUCCCUGAGCCGGGCAUGGAAGAAAAUAUGCCAGUCCGCAGCAGACUUGCAGUUGUUUCCUAG